AUGGCUGCUCUAAUGGUACAUGCUUUUGUCCAAAUAUGGGACAUGAGAAGAGUGCUGUCCGAAGUGAGAGAAGCAUACAUUGAAACAGUGGAAAGAAAGGGGAAAAUGAUAUUGGUUGUCUAUUUCAGUACUGGAGAAUACACAACUUUUCAGCUAAGUAACAAUAUUAAAAACAUAGUCCUUAGACCCAAGGGAGAAGACCAAAAUUGUCUGUAUUUAAGUUUAGAGAGUAAUGAGUUAUUGUUUAUUGAAAGAUUAUCCUCCAGAGAUGCCAAUAAUUUGAAGAUGUUCCUGGAUAGAGUCCAUCAAAAUCAUCUUCAACCACCCGUAAGACCUGAUGGGGAUGGGAGUAUCUUUGCCAGUACAACAACAGAGAAGGCACGUGGCAAAACUGCAUCUCAGAAAAUACGUAAGAUGUCAAGUAGUCAGUCUUUUGAGAAAGAAAGAAAUGAAACACCUGAUGAUAAGAAGAUGCCUUUGUUUGCAUCAAAAUCAUCAACAUCUACCUGCACAGAGUUAUUAGAAAAUAAAUAUGGGAAGGGGAAAAGGAGGCCAUCAUCUGGCUCAAAGAUGAAUAAGGAUUUCCUGAAAAAGAAUACCUCUGCGAGAGGAAAGUUAUCAAAGAAGAGCCCCUUGAGAAAUGUAAGCCACAAUGAGAAGGAAAAAUUAAGGUUAAAAUGGUUAAAACAGAAAAAUAAUUUGGAACUUGGACCUUCAUUCAAGAUCGAUUCUACUGGAAACCCUUACCUAGAUGUCACUGAUCUUCUCCAAAGAGCGUCUGAGAAAAUAUAUUUAGCAUUUCUGUCAGAAUCAAAGUAUGGUGAGGACGACCCAGAGUGGGGCAAACUCAAGAUGACCUUUGACUUUUACCUAGAGAAACUAUUGCAAGGCCUCCCCAAUUUGGGAAACACCUGUUAUAUGAAUGCAGUUUUACAGUCCUUGCUUUCGAUUCCAUCGUUUACUAAUGAUUUACUCAAUCAGGGCUUCUCAUGCGGUAAAAUUCCCCAUGAUGCACUUAGCAUAUGCUUGGCACAGCUGCUUGUUUUGAAAGAUAUUUAUAACGUAGAAAUCAAGGUGAAGUUACUUGUGAAUAUUAAAGAAGCCAUUUCAAAAGUUGCAGAGAUAUUCUCUGACAACAGGCAGAAUGAUGCAUAUGAGUUUUUAGGUCAUUGUUUAGAACAGGUGAAACGAAACAUGGAACAAUUAAACACAAGUUGGAAGACUAAAAUUGAAUCUGAGGAAGGACAUUUACCUCAACAGGUUUCUGCUGGUAGUGAUGACGCCAAGGUGUUUGUUUGCCCUGUCACCAGUAAUUUUGAUUUCGAGUUGCUGCACUCAGCUAUUUGCAGAGGCUGUGAGAACGUUGUGUGUAAGACAGAAAUAUGCAAUUCUCUUUCCAUCAGUAAUCCUCAGGAAGCACAAGUGUUUCCCUUGUCUAUUCAAUCUAGUUUUGAUCUUUUCCUUGAAGCAGAAGAGAUUGAGUAUACUUGUGAGAUGUGUAAGCACAGGCGUUCUGUUGUAGUGCAUUCAUUCAGUAGGCUACCCAGGGUCCUUAUUAUUCAUCUGAAACGCUAUAAAUUUAAUGAGUCUUGGUCCUUAAAGAAGGAUGACCAAGAAGUCAUUAUUUCCAAACAUUUAAAGUUAUCUUCCUAUUGCAGUGAAAUUACCGAAUCACCACUUCCCUUAAGCAAGAAUGCACCUCUUAGGGAUUUCCGAGUCUUAGAAAUCUUUAAGAUGAACUCUGAAGCCGUAAGUUCAUUGACAGCUUCAACAAAGCAGACCUCGCAAUCCAAGGAUUCUUUGGCUCCACACAUUAGAUCAGAAAAAGAGUUUGAACCACAAAAACCCCAGACUCUUCAUAAAGCUUCAAGCUUCAAGCAGCAGCAAAAAGACAUGGGAAAAUAUUCUAAACUAAAUAUAAUAGAGUCCACAUUGGCAAACUCAGGACAUGGAGCAGCCAUUGCAAGAGAGCUAUUAGCAGUAGGCUUAAUGAUGAAUCUGGAAGACAGCUCCCUUUCUCUGAAAGGUACACACACCAGCAGCCCAGAUGCAUAUCGCAAAGUGGGUGAAAAUCGAAAACUAAAGAAAUACAAGAGAACCAAGAAGUCUACAGAUUUUAAGAGCGUGACUGAGACCACCAAAGAAUUUUGUAAAGGUGAAGACCCCAGAAUUUCAGAAGAAUCUUGCAAAGUGCCUGAAGAGACCCAGCAGUGUGGCAAGAAGAUAAGGCUCUGUGAACAAGACCUUUGCCUGACACUGCUUCAAAGCAUUCCAAAGCCAGAUACAUGCAGACCUACGGAAUUAAAUUUCCAGGGAGCCAAGGUGAAUUCCCUAGGUGCAUUGGGUUCCAAUAAAGACCCUGGAAACAAAGGCUCUCCAGAUGUGGAGAAGACAGAACCUUCAGCCAAGAAACCAAAAAUAGAAGCCAAGAUGGGAGAUAGUCAUGACUAUCGGCUCAUUGGUGUUAUCAGCCAUCUUGGAAAGAGGCCUACCACCGGACACUAUGUCAAUGAUGCCUACAACUUUGAGAGGCAAGAGUGGUUCUCUUACAAUGAUCUGCAGGUAUCAAGUAUCCAAGAGGCCCAAAUGCAGGAGGCUAGGCUUUGCACCGGGUACAUCUUCUUUUACAUGCACAAUGAGAUCUUUGAAGAGCUGUUGGGAAGGGAAUAG